CCAUUUCUGUUUCCCCGUCGAGCAGAUUUUUCUGAAAGGAAAAAACAAAGCUUGAAGCUUCGAUUCCAAUUUUCCCUGCUAUUUUCCCUCGUUUUCUCGGCAGCCAAACAGGAAGCGAUGGCUAGUGAAGAUGAAUCGAUAGAACAAAAAGCGGCAUCUCGACGAGAGGCCCUGAGAGCUCUAAGGGCAGCUCAGGAACUGGCCGAGAACAAGGAAAACGAAGAAGAUGAUGCCGGUGAAGAAAGUAACCCCACCAUGAAAUUUAGAAAUUAUGUUCCCCAAGAUAAGCAUCUUCAGGAGGGUAAACUUGCCCCACCCGAACUGCCCAAGUUUGAAGAUCCGGUUGCUUCCACUCUACCAGUAGCAGAGAAGAAAGAGGACCCACUUGUCAACAUCGCUCCAAAGAAGCCAAACUGGGACCUUAGAAGGGAUGUUCAGAAGAAGCUUGACAAGCUCGAAAGGCGGACUCAGAAGGCAAUGUUCAAACUCAUGGAGGAGGCAGAGAAAGAGCAUGAGAUGGCUGAAGCUAACAGAAACGACUCAGAAAAUUAAUCUCGAUGACAUCUUGGAAAAGACGCAAAUCAUUUAUCUACUCGGGAUUGUACAACAAUUUCUCAACUUCUGAAGACUCUAGGGUUUGAUCACUUUCUCUGGUGAGUAGUAUUGCCAUUGUCCCUGGCGCCACCAUGUUUUCCAACUCUGUAUGUCAGUUAUAUUGAGAGAACGGAUAGCAAAAGAAGAAGGAAAAAAAAAAGAAAUGUGGGUAUUUUCCAUUGUAUUGAAUCUGAUGGUUUUGUCCAAAUCUUUAUUAUAUGCUUCUGGUUGGGAAACGGGAUGCAGCCAUAUGUGAAUUGUCUUAUCCUUUUUAAGUUAUCACACUGGAAGACAGAGAACUCAGAUUGUC